UGGAACUACCAGAAGAGGUCACUCCGGACAAAGGACUCCGGAUCAAGACCAAGACCAAGACACGUCAACAACACCCCACGGCCAAAAUUCCCGACCGACUACUACUGCUGCCUGCUGCCUGCUGGCCGAGCCACGACCCUGCUUCAACUCUCCUAUAUAGGGUAAUGCCAGACAGACGACGGCAGCGACAACAGCGAGUUCGUCAUGAUGCUGGAGGUAGCCAGAAUCCUGUUGGAGCAAGCAACAGAGAAUCAGAACCUGAGCCAGAGAAAAUAUCAAAUACUAGAGCCCCUAAACAAGGAGGUUCAGGUGUUGCAUAUGCUGAGCCCAGAGAGUAUGAGUCAGUUACAGUUAUGCCUGACAAGGAGGUAGCGGAGCCCCAAAGGUAUCAUCGUCCUGGUGUACUCAGUAACUGGUCUCGCUAUGAAGAAGUUUCUACUGACGACAUUGAUGAGGGUGAAGAUUACCUUAUUGGGGAAGACUUCUCCCUUGUGCUAGAGCAGCAAGCUAAUUCAGGAGGCGGGUUCCUGCAGCUAAAAGGAGAGUCUAGUUGGGAGGAGAAUGAAGCAAGUAUUCUCACAUCCCACGGCUUAGGGGUGUUGCACGUUGCAGAUUUAGUAUCUGCCAUGAGUACUCUGCCACUGUACACUCAGCUGAAUAUGCCUGAGGAAUCACUUCCAGAGUCUGUUUUGGAGUAUUAUGCACAUUUAGCUGAAGACAAUAGGAAAGUUUAUCAACCAAACAGCAGUGGUUAUAAUGACUGCCUUGAUGUUAAUCAAAAGAUUAUCCAGAGUUUAAAAAUUAGUGACAAUGAGCCUCUUGAGCUUUCAUCUGAAGAGCAAGACACAAAACUAAGCACAAGAAAUGCUGUAGAUGUUGCCUUAUCUCUUUCUGAGGCAUUUGACCAAGUUCCUGAAGAUGUUGAUCUUACAGCAUUUAUCCAAGAACCAGUGGUAGAAAGACAACCUAGCCCUGUAAAGCAACCAAGUCCUGUUAGACAACCUAGUCCAAAGAAACCAACUGCUCUUGAAGAACAACCUUGUACUAAGAGAGAGCCUUCCCCAGUGAAGCAUCCCAGUACCACUGGACAACCAUGUGUUCAAAACACCACCUCAGAAAAUAUAUCAGUAAAAAAGCGACCUAAAGCUAAACCUGGAAGUAAACCAAAUGCUAAAAGUAAAGAGAAGAGCCCUACAAACUUUAAUUUUGGUCUUCAAAAGGAAGAUUUACAAACUAGUAACACUAAGGCAAGUGAAUCUAAUCAAGACAUCCCCAAAGUCAAAGACCCCACCAACUCAUUUGAUGUUAAAGACAUUCUUAAUGUAGAAGGUGCAUUCGCACAGAAUGAGGAUGAUGAGAAGACAUCAGGAGGCCCAACAGUAGACUUAGAUGCUCCAGAAGAAAAGAGCAAACCUGUCUUGUUAGUCAGCAAAACAGAAGCAGAGGAUUUGGAAGAUUGGCUGGACUCAAUGUUAGAUGAUUAGAACUGUUCCUCUUGGAAAGAUACAACCUAAAUAAGAGAGUACUAAAUCUCUCAAGAAAGCACUGAAUAUUCAUUUUGUGGCUUGUCCCCUAUUUCCUAAGUUGACUUUGUCAUAAAGCAUUGCGAUAGUGGUUUCAGCCAUCAUGUUUCAGAGUACCCUAUGUAUUUUAUUGUUAUUACACUUAACUGAACACUAUAUUUACAUAUUGCUUACAUGGUUAAUGUGCAUUACUGUGGAGUAAAGAAUGCAUUGGAUGUUAUGGAAUUCAAACUAUAUUACCACAAUAUAUGUUUUCCAACUUAAUGAAUCACCUGAUUGGCAUCAAUACUGCAGAUUUACACUUUAACAAUUAAAUCAAAACCAUGUUUCAUUAUUUUUCCUCUUGUUUUGUAAAUUGUUAUUAGAUUGUGAUAUUUUCAAAUAAUACAAAGAAAAGGUAUGAAUAAUUAUGGUGCAAUAUAUCAAUAAUGUUUUAAUAUGAAAUUUAAAAUCAUGUUCAUCUUAUCAAGCUAACUUGAAAAAUUGAGCAAUAAUGACAAACUUGAUUUGAUAUUUCUUUUGUUUAAGUGAAAUGAAUAUAGUCAGUUUCAUUCCAUCUGUCCACUGAAGUGCACAGAUGUGGCACCUGCGCAUUGCUAUCUCAUGACUGGGUGAAAAUCAACAUGUACUACACCGUUAGGUAUAUACUUGUGAUAAAUAUUAACGCAGUGGCAGUAUCGUAAAACUCAAGAAAGAAAUGUGGCUGAGCAAGUAAAAAGGGAAAGGAAAAAGAUAUAUAGAGAAUGCAAAAUGAAAUUAAAACAAGCAAUAAAAGAAAGUAAGAAGAGAGUUGAUGAAGACUUUGGAAAAAGACUAAGUGAAAAAUAUAAAGCGAACAGUCUUAUUGGAAAGAAGUAAAAAACGAAAGAAAUGCAGAAACUAUCUCCCCAAGUAAAAUAAAUGAAGUUAUGGAUGAGAAUGGAAAGAUGUUGAAAGACAGGGAAGAUGUAAAGGAGAGAUGGAGAGAAUAUUUCAAAAACUUAAUGAAUUUUGAGGAUGGACGUCCAGCAGCUGUAACAGCAGCAGUUUUAAGUGGAGGUAGAGGAGGAGUAUAUAAAGAAAGAAGUAUAACAUAUGAAGAAGUAAAUCAAGCAAUAAAAAGAUUAAAAAAUGGAAAGGCAGCAGGAAUUGAUGGAAUCACAGCAGAAAUGUUGAAGUGUGGAGGAGAUGUAGUUACUAAAUGGAUGGUUAAGAUAUGUGAAGUGGCAUGGGAGGGCGAGUGGGGGUGCCAACAGACAUGACAAAAGCCAUCAUUGUCCCAGUUUACAAGGAGAAGGGUAGGAGAGAGGAGUGUGGGAGCUAUAGAGGUAUAAGUCUGCUGAGUAUACCCAGAAAAGUAUAUGGAAAAGUCAUAAUAGAGAGGGUGCAAAAACUUACAGAAGAGAAAAUCAUUGAAGAAGGAGGCUUCAGGAAGGGAAGGGGAUGUGUGGAUCAGAUAUUUUCCUUCAGGAUGGUAGUAGAAAAAAUAAUAGCAAAAGGAAAAAAACUGUACAUUGCCUUCAUGGAUUUAGAAAAAGCUUUAUAGAGGCAGGAGAGUCACAUAUGCAAGUGAAACGUGGGCCUGGAAUGAAAGUCAGAGGUCUAGAGUGUAGGCAGUGGAAAUGAGUUAUUUGAGAGUGCUUGUGGUGUGAGUAGAAUGGAUGGAAUGAGUAUUGAAAGUGUGUACGAGUGUUUUGGAAUGUGUCACGGGGGUGAAGGGAAGAAGUGUGGAGUGAUGGAAGAGGUGAAGCGACAGACUUUAAAAUGGUUUGGUCACAUGGAGCGAAUGGAGGAGAGUAAGAUGACCAGAAGGGUGUAUGUGAGUGAGAUAGAGGGAGGGAAUGUUAGAGGACGACCUCCAGUGAAAUGGAAAGAUAGGGUGCAGGAGUACGUUAAUUAGCGAGAGGGGUGAAAGAUCCUUGAGAAACUUUGAGCAGGCAAGGAGGGAGUGUAUGAAUAGAGAUGGAAACUCUUCUGCUGUAGCCAUCCCCUGGUGGGAGCUCCUAGGAGCAGGUGUCGAUGAAAUGAUGAUGAUAAAUAUUAAAACCAUUACUUCAAUAAUAUAUAUGACUUUUUAUCUACAAAGAACCAUCACACCUCUCAUCUAAAUCACUGACAUGCCAAUUUGCAUUGAUAAUAUACCAUACAAGCACAUGAAAGAAGCUUGUAUCAAACAGUCUAAUCCAAUCAUAAGCAAACAAACAAUGGGCUUAAAAAUAUCUAUACUUUAUCUCAUUUCAGGUAUGUAAAAAGACAUCUGGCUCUGUAAGUACAAAUAAAGGUAUUUUAGUAACUUAUUGUAUGUAAAUGUCAUGGGUAAUAUUUGAAGUAGCCCAUCGUCACAUUCAGCAAUAUUUUAUGCUAUUUUGAAUAUUAGGCUACUCGUGAUUUAGGUACAUGCAAUAAAUUAUCAUAAUACCUUAUUAUUUGCACUUAGAAAGCCAGAUGUCUUUUUAUAUAUGUCAGAAAUUAGAUAAAUCAUGAUUAUUUAAAGCCCAUUGUUUGUUUGUGUAUGAUCUGAUUAGACUGUUUGAUACAGGCUUGUCUUUUUUGUGCUUACAUGGUAUACUAUCAAUGCAAAUCAGCAUGUUUGAGAUUAAUAUAAAGAUGUGAUGGCUCUUAUUAUACAUCAGCAUUUUAAUAUAUUAUUGGAAAAAUGGUUUUAAUAUUUACCAUAAGUAGCCAACGAUAUAGGACACGUUGAUUUUCACACCAUCAUGAGCACCAAUGCACGUGCCACAUCUAUCAAAAUUCAUGCUUGUGGAUAGCCAGAUGAAAUUAAACUGGGUAUAGUUUGUCAUAUUGAGAGUGACCUGCUGAAGUUUUUAGUGUUAAUCUCGGCCUUCUUAUACAGAACAACCAAUUGUCUUCAGCAAUAUCUACAUUAUUUAUAAAGCAUAUUUAUUAGUUAUUUGAGUAUGUGAUAUUAUGGAUCUGAAGUAUAUGCAACAUCCACUUGGCUUCCAUCUCUACUAUCUUAUUUCAUUUGCUUUAUAAAUAAUAAGUAAAGAAUGCCAAUUGU